AAUUGAAAAAAAAAAAACUUCGAGAUUUUCGUUACACGAUUCUUGUUUCCCGCCUUGGUAUUAUUUUUCUUCGGGGACACUGGAUUGGUUCGUUCCGCAGAAAUCGUCUUGAUUCUCCUUCCGGCAACCUUGAGACAACGAUCCGCAUCCUUUUUUUUCCAGCACACAGAAAAUUGGUGUAUCUCUCUGUGUCUUCGCCACCGUAUAGAUGACAGGGAAAGGGGAAGUGAGGCGACUGACAGGCACCGCAGCAACUCACUCGUACUUUUCUGGAGACUUCUAAUAAGCGGACAGAGUCUCUCCCAUUCCGGCCGAAUCUUAUGUACUAUAUCGUACAUAAUAAUGGAAGAAUUAGCCACCGGAAUAACUAUAAGUUGAAGGACGGAUUCCCCAUUGAGAAGACAAUAUAAUGUGAAGGCUCGGAAACGCGACGGAAUAACCAAAUAAUUGCUACACAAGUUCACGCAGGGGGGAAAAACCACAUUUAUAAGGAUCUUUAUCGCUGUGUGUCAAGGAUAUCUCGUGCGAUUUAUUGAAGAGAACCGGGCCGUCCCUUUUAUUUUUAUUUUUAUUCAACUACAUCACAUAGUAAAGAAGAAGAAGAAGAAAAAAGAAAACGAUUGGCUUUGGACUUGGCUUAGUUGUUGUUGUGCAGGUUGAAAGUUUGGCUGUUUUCCCGACCGCGAUUUCACGUCCGCUCGAUACUACAACAACAAAACAACGGAGAAGAUUUUUAUUUUCGUUUUUUUUUUUUUUUUUGCUAGUCGAAAAGUUCAAGCUGACGCUGAGCGAAUAGGAGGGAAUUUCACUUUCGUUUACUACACGGCCAGCAGCAGCAGCAGGACGCCCUGACUGGAUCUCUGGGGGGAGACUGGGCCGUCUGCCAACAUCGCCAGAACUCUCGAUUUUUCCGUCCGACUUGCUCCGAUUCCGGUUUGAACCACGUGGAAAGAGCAAAAGAAAAAAGAAAAAAGUUGACUUUUCAAAAUUGAAUGAUUAGAAAUUCUUUUUUUCGAUUCGUUCAAAUGAUUUACGAUAUGUUAAUAUCUCCACGCAAAUUUCACUUUUUUUUGUUAAUCAUCUAAAGAUAAAAUCCCCUCGAGCUGCCCAAGUUGUGUACAAAUCUUGAUGUGAUUUGGUUUGGUUUUUUUUUACAGACUGUCGCCGAUUCGUCCCCCCAGUGUCAAACGAAAUCAAAAGUUCCGCACGCCGGACCCUGUCGGAUUGCCGGAGCAGAUAAUGAGCGGACCGGUUUUAUUCACAAAAUUCCUGUAGGGCGGAUAAUCGCCGGAAAAAUAUUGUAGUAAGUUGGCACGGGUGACGGCGAAUCUCGGAGUGAAAGUGACGGUUGACCAACUCUCGACUUUGACGUGUGUAGAGCUGACGAGAUUCUCCUCUGCCGCCAGCAGGAAGGCCCACCUCUUGGAGUCGCCCAUUGGCUGCCGCCGUCGUCUUAUCCAGCGCAGAGAGAAGGAGAGAAGAAAGAAGGCCCCCUUGUUACUAGACUUACACUACACCGUGCAGUGGAGGGCCCCCAGAGGACCACAUGUUAUUAUUCUCGGCGCAGCAGGACCGCCUCGAACAAACCGAGACGGUUAAGGUGGGUCAGUCGGCCAGGUGUGUGUGUGUGUAUCCCUCCCUUCUUCUCUACCACCACCACCACCCACUGGAUACCCUCCACUUCUUUCCCACCACCACCACCUCCUCCUUCGUAUAUAUCCACUCUCGCUUUUGCGCCCAGCUCAGGGUUCAGUGUGCCAUGGACUGCCAUUGAGACGACAAGUCUCGUACACCCGAAAAGAAGAAAAUAACAAAACUCAGUCGUCUUACCUACCGACUAUCUGACAAUCACAACACAAUUUCGCUUGUUGUUGUUGUUGUUUAUUUCAGUGUGAACACGAACAAAAACAAAAAGUUGUUGGUUUUUUUUUUACCCUUUCGUCGCUUCUCCUGCCGAUUGAUCGCCAAAUUUUGUUGGUUCUGGUGCCCGACAUCAUUCCGGUGACUGUGGGCGCCUACCCCCGAAAUCGAUCCUGCCGAAAUCCUUCGUCGCAAGAAUGGCGUCGCCAGCCUUCGUACCAAUCCGGCACAGGUUGGCUAUCGCGGCGCUGCUGUCGCUAGUUGUACUGGCCGUCGCCUCCAUCGAGAUUGACGACAGCCCAUCCGCUGGACUCUUGACUUCAUCCGGACGUGAGAAUCCCAUCGCCCCGCCGGCCAUUCUGCCCGUCACAGACGCCCCAACGACGACAGGCAAUUCUUCCACGACCGUCCAGCUGCCCCUGACUAAUGACCAAGUGCGCUGGGCCGUCGAUUUGGCCGUUUCACGCCUGGCUGGCUCCGACACUUCGCGUGUCUUCAACGGAAAGUUGGCCCAGUUCGUCAGUCCGGCCACUCGUGACAGGGCCGCAGCGGCGCUGGUCGCCGAAGAAGUCAUUCGCAUCCUAGCACAAAGCUGGUCGGUGAGUUCGGCCGAUAUCCGCAAACGAUUGGGUGGCACCCAGCUGGCCGGUACCCAACUGUCGGAGUCUUGUCCCGAGAAGAAGACGCACACCUGCCAACCCCAAAAGUUCCGUCACGCGUCCGCCUUCUGCAACAACGUGCAGAAUCCAACCUGGGGCAGUUCAGACUCGACUUACGGCAGACUCGUCUCGUCGUCUUACAGUGAUGGGAUCAGUCAAGUCAGACUGGCCGUUACUGGCAAACCCUUGCCGAGUCCAGUGAAAAUUGCCGACACCAUUCACGCCCCGAAAAAGACCAGCAAUGGCUACCUCACCACUUUGUCCGGCGUCUGGGCUGAAUUCGUUCAAAACGACAUUUCCAGGCCCGUUUCUUAUGUCGACCUGGGCGUGGAAGGGCAGUGUUGCUCCGGGACGGAAACCAACACGGCCACCUGCAUUUCGACUCACGAAGAAAAUAAAUGCACGUCCUACUCGCGAACGGUGGCCGUCUUGAACAGGAAAUGCGAAUUGGGAGCCCGAGAGCAAAUGAACGGAGCCACGGCUUUCCUGGACGCCUCCACCAUCUACGGCAACAGCCUGGACGCGGCCAAUCAAUUGCGGACCUUCGAGGGCGGAUUGAUGCGGACGAGCUUUGGCGAUUUGCUGCCGGUGGACCACAGUUGCGAUUUGUCCAACAGCAACGGAAACGCCAGCGAUUGCGUCGAGUCGGGCGACGCCAGAGUCAACGAGAGUCCGGCCUUGAUGGUCCUCCACACGCUCUUUGUCCGCCAGCACAACCGGCUGGCCACCAAACUGGCCCGGGUCAACGCCAUGUGGGACGACGAGACGCUGUACCAGGAGACGAGGCGUCUGGUGACGGCCCAGAUCCAGCACGUGACCUACCGCGAGUUCCUGCCCGCUGUGCUGGGCGAGAACUUGGCAGAGAACCUGAAGCUCACGCCCAAAUUGGCUGGACAUUUCCUCGGUUACGACAGCGACGCCUAUCCAGGCAGCCUGGAGGCCGCCGCUUCGGCCGCUCUCUCUUUCUCCCUGGCCAUGCUUCCGGCCAAAUUCGAAACAUUCACCAUGACGGGCGAUAAGUCUGGAGAGAUGGCCACCAACGCCACCGGCCACCUCAACGCCCAGCAGGCUGAAGAACUCCUUUACGGAUUGGUCAGCACCAUGAGCCGGCGGGUGAGUCUUCACAUCGCCAAGGACGUCCGCCGCUCCACCAACGGAAUGGACAAAGUCGUCGAGAUCCUGAUGAGGGGUCGCGAUCACGGCCUUCCCGGCUACACGGCUUGGCGCCAGUUCUGCGGAUUGUCUCCCAUCCGCAAUUUCACCGACUUGAGCGACAUCGUCUCUUCCACCAACAUCGUCCUCCUGGCCAGCGUCUACAGCCACGUCAGUGACAUCGAUCUGUUCACCGGUGGGCUGGCAGAGACUCCGCUCAAAGGCGCCGUCGUCGGCCCGACCAUCGGCUGCAUCCUGGCCCAUCAGUUCUCGUUGCUCAGGAAAUCCGAUCGCUUCUGGUACGAGAACGACGUCCCACCUUCAUCCUUUUCUCGAGAGCAAUUGCAGGAAAUUCGCAAGACCAGCCUGGCCGGCAUCAUCUGCCAGAAUUUCGAAAUGAUCAAAUCCAUGUCGCCGAAAGUUUUCCACGAAAGAGAUAAUUUCUUGAAUUCACCGAUCCCUUGCGAUAUGAUGGUCGAUAUCGAACUGAGCCCGUGGGUAAGCGAUUCACCUGCCAUGCAAGUACCGGACGAUCUGCUCCGUCAAUCGAUCCAGCGCGCUUUGAUCGACAUUUCCCUGCGUCGAGAGAAUGAAAAACUUCUUUUCCAAACCAAUAAAGGAGCCAAUCCGAAAUCUCCACUGGGAAUCGCUUCCGCUUUCAGCCGGGCCAGUCCUGCCGCCAUUUUCAUGUCAAACACGUCGCUCCUGCUGGAAUACGCAUCCGAAGAAUUCAUCAACCACCUGGAACAGCCGAAAUAUGGUCGUGUCAAGAGACAGUUGAAUGGAUUGCUGGGCAAUUUGUUCGGACGGCUGACUCGCCCACUGUCGCAGGGACUCAACAACGUCGACGUGACCCGUUUCGUCCAGCCGGCCGCUGCUCCCAACGUUUGCCGCAACAACGAGGAGACCCUUCCGUGCGACAACACGUCGCCGUUCCGCAAAUUCGGAGGAUGGUGUAACAAUUUGCGCAAUCCGACGUUCGGCAAGACACUGACGCCUUUCAACCGUCUCCUGGCCGCCGGCUACGACGACGGGAUCGCCCGACCGCGCUGGCGUUCAGUCACUAACCAACCGCUCCCGUCGCCCCGUCUCAUCUCCGUCGUGGUCCACCAGGACGUCAGCAACAUGCACCGACGCUACACGAUGAUGCUGACCUACUUUGGCCAGUUCCUCGACCACGACGUCAGCCUGACGCCCAUUUCCCGUGGAUUCCAGGACGCCAUUUUGAAUUGCCGCGACUGCGACUCGCCCACCAACGUCCACCCCGAAUGCUGGCCCAUUCCAAUUCCCAGCAACGAUCCCUUCUUCCCCAAAGUCAACCUGCAGACGGGUCGGCCAGUUUGCAUGUCCUUUACGCGAUCCUUGCCCGGUCAGCAGCGAUUGGGAGCCCGGGAACAGAUGGACAUGAACACGGCCUACCUUGACUUGUCCCACGUUUACGGACAGACCCCCUGCGAGUCGCAGCGACUCCGGGCCUUCAGUGGCGGCCGGAUGAACAUCACCAUCUCCCCGUUCCGCGGCAGGGAUUUGCUACCCCAAACGAGUCGACUGGCCGAAUGUCAAGCGGCUUCCGGCCUGUGUUUUGACGCUGGCGACUCGCGAGCCACCGAGAAUCCCGGCCUGAGCGUCCUGCACACGGUCAUGGUGCGAGAACACAACCGGAUCGCCGGCCAGCUUCAGACUUUCAAUCGCCAGUGGGACGACGAGCGGCUGUACAUGACGAGCCGGAAGAUUACCGGCGCCAUCUGGCAGCACGUCAUUUACAACGAGUACCUUCCGCGAGUCCUCGGCUGGAACGCCAUCAACCUCUACGGCCUCAACCUGCUGACGGAAGGAUUCUACGAAGGAUACGAUUCCAACUGCAACGCCGGAAUCUUCAACGAGUUCUCCACGGCCGCCUACCGUUUCGGCCACUCGUUGGUCCGCCCCUUUUUCCCACGAGUCGACGCCUCCUUCCAGGAGAAAACGCCAAUCCUUUUGCGUGCCGGUUUCUUCAACUCUGAAAUGCUGAUGGAGGUGCAGGCCAUCGACGAGUUGGUUCGAGGCCUUUUCGUCUCGCCCAUGGAGAACCUAGAUCAGUUCGUGACGGGCGAGAUCACCAAUCACCUGUUCGAGGCUAAGACGGUGCCUUUCUCCGGUUUCGAUCUGGCGGCCCUCAACAUCCAGCGCGGCCGAGAUCACGGCCUCCGUCCCUACAACGAAUACCGGGCCGCUUGCAACCUGAAACGGGCCACCACCUUCGAAGACCUGAGCCGCGAGAUGACGGCCCAAGUCAUUGAGCGACUCAAACAAGUUUACGCCUCGGUCGACGACAUUGAUUUGUGGACGGGCGGUUUGACCGAGACUCCGCUCCAGGGCGGUUUGGUCGGACCCACUUUUGCCUGCGUCAUCGGCAACCAAUUCCGAAGUUUGAGACGCUGCGAUCGGUUCUGGUACGAGAACGGCAAUCAAGCCGGCCGCUUCACUGAGGCUCAAUUGGCCGAAAUUCGCAAAGUGGCUUUGGCCCGUCUUCUCUGCGAGAAUUCCGACACGAUCGGCGAGGUGACGCGCUCCGUUUUCGACCUGCCGCACAAUUUCCUGAAUCCUCGGGUGCCGUGCCGUUCCCUGCCGCCGCUCGACUUGACUCCGUGGCGCGAGCAGGAAAGUGCCAAUUGCGUCGUCCUGGGCAAAACCAUCGCCCUGGGAGCCUCGUCGCUCGUUUCUCCCUGUACAUCUUGUACCUGCACAGCUGAAGGACCGCAGUGUCAGUCGCUGCGAGUCAACUGCCAGCAGCUGCUCACCGAUGUUGGUCGGGAUGCCAUCCUGGCCGACAGCGUCUGCCGCGUUCAAUGCGCUUUCCUCGUCAAUCCCGCUCCGGCCGCACCGGCUCCUCCACCGGCUCAACCUGCGCCGCAACGACCCCCUCAACAACAGCAAGGUGGACCGCCACCUCGUCAACCGCAGCGAGGCGCUCGUUUACUGCCCAACUUGUUGAAUCUCUUUGGUUAAAAUCCUGCCAUUCAUUUGUCUUCUCAUCUUUGCUCCUCCUUAUCUCUCUCAAAUUCCCCUUUUUUUUUCUACCCGUCCAUUCUAGAUUCACAUAUAUAUAAUAAUUACAAUACUAUCGUAUUAUUUUUUUUGUCGGAUGGUUGUGUUGCAAAAGACAAGAGACGAGUCGCAGUGGCCAAUUGCCCGGCCAGUCGGACGACUUUCCCAAUGUAUCGCGGGAUUCGUGUCUCUCUUUGUAUCCAUUCCAGAGAUGCUUUUAUAAAUUGGCAAGUCAAUCGUACUUGGAAGAAUAAACAAACGAAAAAAAAAAUAUAUUAUUGACAAUGUAAGCGAUAUAAAAGUGUGUACAUUUGUGUCGAACAAAAACUCGUGGAAUCCUCUCUCUCUCUCUCCCUCGUCCCUCCCCUUUUUCGGGAGUAUUUUGUAAUUGUCAAUUUUCUCCUGAAGACGAAAUUGAAAAAGACAAACAGAAAUUACGUUGAGGUUGCCGUGAACGCGCUGAACUUUGUGAUAAUCAAGUUUCUUCCCUUAAAUGUGACGCGUUUAAAUCCUUUUAUUUUUUUUUCGUCCUUUUCGUGCUAAACAAUUUUUUCCCCCGUCCGCUUUUUUUCACAUUUAUUUUGUUUUUUUUUCUGAUUGUUUUUUUUUUUGUUUCAUUAUUAUUUCCAGACGCUGGCGGUCACGUGAGUGUUUUCGUACGUGAUGGCUGUAUUAUUUUUUUUUUGUAUUUAGCUGACUACAUAGCGACCAAUACAUGACAUUGUAAUGAUAAA